CGUACCCGUAUCAGUAUCCGAUUGCGCCAUUGAACACGAUUCAAACAAUAAAUAGAUGGUACUUCCUCAAUUUAAGUUCUAUUAACAAAAGCCUAUAUUCCUUUAAAUACCAAGCCGCAGAACCCAUACCCUCAAACAUUUAGCAAUACCAUCACACGCUUUGGCGACCCAGAAAUUCAACAUGGCUCGAGUUUUGCUAACUGGCGGAAGCGGGUUUAUCGCUGCCUAUUUGCUAGACCAACUUCUUGAGAAGGGAUACUCAAUUGUCACCACAGUGCGUAGCUCGGAGAAAGGCGAGAAAAUCCUUAAAGAGCAUGCCAAGUACGGCAAGGACAAGCUAGAUUAUGUCAUUGUUGAAGAUAUUGCCGCCGAAAAUGCGUUCGACACAGCCGUGAAAUCAGAUCCGCCAUUUGAGGCGGUGUUUCACACGGCCAGUCCGUUCCACUACGAUGUUACGGACGUCCAGAAGGAGCUCUUGGAUCCUGCCAUCAAGGGAACCACCGGAAUCCUGAAGUCCGUCAAGGCGUAUGCUCCGACGGUCAAGAGGAUUGUCAUAACAUCAUCUUUUGCAUCGCUCAUCGACCGCUCAAAGGGCGCUUGGCCGGAGCAUACCUACUCUGAAGCGGACUGGUGUCCAUUGACCCUGGAAGAGGCGCUAUCUAACCCCACACCAGGCUACACCGCCUCAAAAACAUUUGCCGAAAAGGCAGCUUGGGCGUUCCUGGAGAACGAGAAGCCGAACUUCGACAUCGUAACGAUCAACCCGCCGGCUGUUCUCGGGCCCGUUGCACCAUGGAUGAACUCUCUCGCCGCCACCAACACGUCCAACCAGCGCAUCCUCAAUUUCAUCCAAGGCCAAGCCAAAGACGAGAUUCCGUACUCGGGGGUGUUCUUCUGGGUUGAUGUCCGAGACGUCGCCACCGCGCACGUCCAAGCCCUGGAAGUAGCGGAGGCGGGCAAGAAGCCCGGUCGGUUCUUCACCACGGCUGGGCACUUCUCGAACAAGGAGAUCGUCGAGGUCAUCCGGAAGAACUUCCCGGAGUAUAAGGAUCAGCUGCCGGCACCGGAGGCGAAGGGCCAGGGAGACUACCCCGCAGAAGGGAUUUAUCAGUAUGAUAAUAGCCGUGUGAGGGAGAUUCUCGGGGUUAAGUUCCGAUCGCUGGAGGAGAGCGUGGUGGACACAGUCAAGUCCCUGAAGGCAGUCGGUGCGUAGGUGGACUCGAAGCACGUUUAUGACGAAGGACAGAAACGUCGUACAUGAGAAGAGUUAAUUGAUAUUGAGACCUGAGUAGCAGGAACUGUAUCUGAGUAGAGAUGUCAAACGACGCCAUCUGCUGUGCAUAAAUGAAGAUAAACGCUGUUCCGCCAUGAGCAAACCACUCUGUGGCUUGUCGUCACUCAAACCACCAACUUGGCGUCAGGGUUCUGACCAGUUGCAACGUCACCACUGCCUUUGUGAGCAAUAACCUUCACCGUGCUCUCCGAGUUCUUAGUAUGGACUCUCAAUCCGAUCACACAGACUGCAUUCCAUGGCUCCUCAAACUCAUCAUCACCAGCCGGUUUCUCUGCAUCGCCAGCCGGUUUCUCUGCAUCACUAGCUGGUUCCUCUG